AUGAAGAAGAUGCUCGCCGCCGCCGUCUCCCGCGUGUUGUCCAGGGUCGCCCGGAAGCCCGCUAGCAGAGUGCUGGCGGCUUCCUGUAACUCUUCAGAUGAUGCUAUGUUUGAAAUUAAGAAAUGUGGCCUUUAUCGAUUAGAAGAGGGUCCCCCUGUCACAACAGUGCUCACCCGGGAGGAUGGGCUCAAAUACUACAGGAUGAUGCAGACCAUUCGCCGAAUGGAAUUGAAGGCAGAUCCGUAUAAACAAAAAUUCAUUCGUGGGUUCUGUCACUUGUGCGAUGGGCAGGAAGCUUGUUGUGUGGGCCUGGAGGCCGGGAUAAAUCCCACCGAUCACGUCAUCACAUCCUAUCGGGCUCACGGCUUGUGCUAUACUCGUGGACUUUCUGUCCCAUCGAUCCUUGCGGAGCUGACGGGACGAAGGGGAGGGUGCGCUAAAUGCAAAGGCGGAUCUAUGCACAUGUAUGCGAAGAACUUCUAUGGUGGCAACGGCAUUGUUGGUGCCCAGGCACCUCUGGGAGCCGGCAUCGCCCUGGCCUGUAAAUAUAAGGGCAACAAGGAGGUCUGUUUGACUGUAUAUGGGGAUGGUGCUGCGAAUCAGGGUCAGAUAGCGGAAGCUUUCAAUAUGGCUGCUUUGUGGAAAUUACCUUGUGUUUUCAUCUGUGAGAAUAACCUCGAUGGCAUGGGCACGGCUGCUGAGAGAGCAGCAGCGAGCACUGAUUACUACAAGAGAGGCCAUUUUAUCCCUGGACUAAGGGUGGAUGGAAUGGAUGUUCUAUGUGUUCGGGAGGCAACGAAGUUUGCCACUGACUACUGUAGAUCUGAAAAGGGGCCCAUAGUGAUGGAGCUGCAGACCUACCGUUAUCAUGGACACAGCAUGAGUGACCCUGGAAUAAGUUAUCGUACCCGACAAGAAAUUCAGAAUGUAAGAAGCAAAAGUGAUCCCAUAAUGCUUCUCAAAGAUAGAAUGGUAAACAGUAAGCUUGCCACUAUUGAAGAGUUCAAGGAAAUUGAUGUGGAAGUGAGGAAAGAAAUUGACAAUGCAGCCCACUUUGCUAUAACUGACCCUGAACCACCUUUGGAGGAAUUAGGUCAUCACAUCUACUGCGAUAAUGAACCUUUUGAAGUUCGUGGUUCAAGUCAGUGGAUCAAGUUUAAGUCCCUCAGUUAA